AUGUCCUUCUUAACUAAUUUAUUAUUUGGUGGUGUUAAAACUAGUCAAGAUCCUACUGGUCUAUCGGGUACCACUGAUCCAAACAUUUUGAAUUCAAAUAGUCAAUCAGAACCAAUUGUCGAGGGUAUUUUUUAUCCAAGAACUUUAUCGAAGUACAAUGGUCAUGAUGAUGAAAAAAUAUUCAUUGCCAUAAAGGGUGUUGUAUAUGAUUGUACUCAAGGUCGCCAAUUUUACGGUCCUAGUGGACCUUAUUCUAAUUUUGCUGGUCAUGAUGCUUCAAGAGGUUUGGCUUUAAAUUCCUUUGAUACAGAUGUUGUUAGAGAUUGGGAUCAAGCAAUUGACGAUUUAGAGAACUUAAGUGAAGCUGAGAAAAAUGCUUUAGAUGAAUGGGAACAACAUUUCAUUAAUAAAUAUCCUAAAAUUGGUACUUUAGUUCCAGAGGCUGGUGUAAAUGACAAAUGA